GUUUGACAUCUACAGGAAGGUGCCAAAAGACCUUACACAGCCAACCUACACAGGGGCUAUUAUCUCUGUCUGCUGCUGUCUCUUCAUACUGUUUCUCUUCCUCUCUGAGCUCACCGGAUUCAUAGCCACUGAAAUAGUCAAUGAGCUCUACGUAGAUGACCCAGACAAAGACAGUGGAGGUAAAAUAGAAGUGAAUCUGAACAUCAGUUUGCCAAACCUGCAUUGUGAACUAGUUGGACUAGACAUCCAAGAUGAAAUGGGAAGGCAUGAAGUGGGUCAUAUUGACAACUCGAUGAAGAUACCUCUCAAUAAUGGGGAUGGCUGCAGGUUUGAGGGCCAUUUCAGCAUCAACAAGGUCCCUGGUAACUUUCACGUGUCGACGCACAGUGCCACUGCACAGCCUCAGAAUCCUGACAUGACUCAUGUCAUCCACAAGCUCUCGUUUGGGGACAAGUUACAGGUCCAUAAUGUUCAUGGAGCAUUCAAUGCCUUGGAGGGAGCAGACAAACUCAGCUCAAAUCCUCUUGCAUCUCACGAUUACAUUUUAAAGAUAGUCCCGACGGUGUACGAAGACAUGAGCGGCAAGCAGCGAUACUCAUAUCAAUAUACUGUAGCAAAUAAGGAGUACGUAGCCUACAGUCACACUGGCCGCAUUAUCCCAGCUAUCUGGUUUCGUUAUGAUUUGAGCCCCAUCACAGUGAAAUAUACAGAGAGGCGACAGCCUUUGUACAGAUUUAUCACAUCGAUAUGUGCCAUCAUUGGAGGAACAUUCACUGUAGCUGGGAUCCUUGACUCCUGCAUUUUCACAGCUUCAGAGGCCUGGAAGAAGAUCCAGCUGGGGAAAAUGCAAUAGCGGUGAAACUCUACCCUAGUCUCCAAGGACAGGAGCGAAGAUUGAGAAAUCUACCACUACCUGUUUUUGUCUUUAUUUUCUCUUUAAUUGAAUCAGUAAGUUUUUCUCAAAUCAGUCAGUUCAGUGAAGACGUCUUCAACAAAUCAAAGAAAUCUCCAUGCAUUUCAGAGCUCUGAGAGUGAAAAAUCAGUGGAACCAGGGGGUGGACUUCCAUUCUCUCCCCCCAGAAAGAGAGGUUGAAACGCCAUUAUGAAGUACACCGUAAGGAUGACGGUCUGUUCUCUUGGAGGUUCCUAUGGCAGUGUACAAACUAGGUAGUAGAUUGCAAAGAAUUGAGCUGUCUUGUGGCACUUUUUGGAAUUCUGUUGGAUUUGCAUGAUUAGACAAUCGACUUUUGUAUAAGGCAAAAUUAUACGUUAGGGAGAAAUUCCACCUGUGGUGCCAAAAAGGUGAUGUAUCCAUUGGUGAGGAAUGGAAAGUGUUAGUCCCCGUAGCAAACUUUAGAGACAGAGGGCAGAAAUAGCAUCAAGAAAUGUUCUGUGCUUUUAUUGAAAGCUCUUUUGUUCAGAUAUGACCUUUCUAAUGAAAUGAGUAACCAAGAAGAGGAAGCCUUC